CCGCCAUACAAACAUGCCUAGUAUGUACUGUACAUGCCAUGGAUUGCCCUGGUUCACACGGAUCCAUUCUCGAUGUGCAUUGUGAUCAAUGUCUGAAGGCGGUUUUUCAAGCCUUCUUUCCUGUCAAUUACGUGCCACUACUCCUGUACACUCACACCUAGCGGUGCGCCCACCGGAGAAUUUCACCAAACGGACCUUCCCAGCAAAGACCGGGCUGCGACCGAACAGCCCGCUUGCCACGCCCGCCUGCUCGCUUGCCAUGCCCGCCGAACUGCCCCAGGCCAAGCGGACGGCUCGAUCCCUCGCUUGUAUGCAAGGCCAUAUCAAUCACAUGACCCAUAGAAUUUGUCUGAAGGAAGGCACAAAGUUUAUGUCCUCGACGAAUCGCAGGGAGGUUGGAAAUUUAGGUGAUGAGAAACAGACGUACCUGCAGCGACAACACACUACUGGACCCGUCAGGUCUCACUCCCAACUAGACGCUACUGUACACCUGCAGGUCACCAUGGGCGGACUCUCGAUCAUCAAUCCAUCGUUGGAGGGAAGAGCCGCAUUUUCAGGGGCGAAAAGUGUUGUUCGCUUGGGAGUUUCGUAUAGAUUGGUUUCUCGCUUUUCAAUUGCGACCGCUACUGGAGAGACCCUGCAGCGAUCGUAUCGUCGUUCGAUGGACAUUGGAUCGGUUGCGGUGCAUGCCGUCCUGUUGGGCACCUCACUACCGUGCGGCGUAGAUGUCACGAUGAUCUCCGUAUCGUAUAUCGCAAACUCUUUCUCCCGUGAGUUGCCACUGAAACGAAAUGUACUAAACUAA